AUGUGUCGUUUUUUGGUCUACAAGGGCAGACAUGAAAUUCUACUCAGCAAGCUCGUCACAGAGCCCAGUCAUUCAAUACUGACUCAAUCCUAUGAUUCUCGCCUGAGAUUGGACACUCGUCGUCCCGUCAAUGGGGAUGGCUUUGGCGUCGGCUUCUACCCAGACCCCAAGCUGGGGCCGGAGCCAUGCAUCUUCACGUCGACGCUACCGGCCUGGAACUGUGAGAACCUGGAGCGUCUGGCGAGCAAAACCUGCUCGAACCUCAUCUUCGCCCAUGUGCGAGCCACCACAGAGGGCACCCUGGCAGAGAACAACUGCCACCCCUUCCAGCACCACUCGCUGAUGUGGAUGCACAACGGCAACAUCGGUGGCUGGAAGUACAUCAAGCGACCGCUAGCCGACUCGCUCGCGGACCGCUGGUACCUGGGCGUCAAGGGCGGCACGGACAGCGAGUGGGCGUUUGCGCUGUUCCUCGACCUGAUGGAGAAGGAGGGCGCCGAUCCGAGCUCGGAUCCGGGCCCGGAAGGGUUUGGACAGGAGUUCCUGCGCCGGGUCAUGAUCAAGACCAUUGCCAAGAUCAAUGAAUUCGUGCGCCAGAUCCCCGAGAAAUACAACGUGACCGAUGUCGAGACGCGGAGCUUGCUCAAUUUUGCCGUCACAGACGGGCACACGGUGGUGUGCACCCGCUAUGUCAGCAGCAAGACGGAUGAGCCCGCGAGUCUCUACUUUUCCUCGGGCACCAAGUGGAAAGAAGGCAAGACGAAGGGUCAUUUCAAGAUGGAGCGCCACGACAAGGGAGCGGACAUUGUCUUGGUGGCCAGUGAGCCCAUCACAUUCGAGAGACAUAACUGGGUGACGGUUCCAACAAACUCAAUCCUGACCAUCCACAAACAGACCGUGCUCCUGCAUCCAAUCCUGGAUGAAUUCUACAACGAUGACCCGAACCACGACCGAUCAUCUGUCUACGCAGUCUCCAAGGGUCUGGUCAGCCGCGCGCCCGGAGGUACCGUCGCGCCACAAGCUGCCAAUGAUUCCUUGCCGCCUCCAGCUUGCCAUCCGAACUCUAGCUCGCAGACUGCAGAGGAGCAUACCAACGGGCGGGCCCGGCUCGAUGAGCUGACCCAGAACAUCGCCCAGGUCCAGAUUGCGUCUUGA